CCAUCCGCUGAAAUGGCCGUCUCCGAGCUCGCUUGCAUCUACUCCGCCCUCAUCCUUCACUACGAUGAGGUUACGGUCACGGAGGAUAAAAUCAAUGCCCUCAUUAAAGCAGCAGGUGUAAAUGUUGAACCAUUCUGGCCUGGAUUAUUUGCAAAGGCCCUGUCCAGUGUAAACAUUGCAAGCCUCAUCUGCAAUGUAGGAGUUGGUGGACCUGCCCCAGCAGCUGGUGGUGCUGCCCCUGCUGGAGGGGCUGCUCCUGCUAGCACAGCUGCCCCAGCUGAGGAGAAGAAGAAAGAGGAAGCAAAAAAGGAAGAAUCCGAGGAGUCCGAUGAUGACAUGGGCUUUGGUCUGUUUGACUAGAUAAUUUUUUGUAACAUUAAAUAAAAAGCUUGACUCAA